CCAGAGUGGCGGUCGCAUGUGUGCUUGCGUAUUGUGCCACUUAGGACUGCCGCGGAAAGCAUUGGAGUGUGCAUGUGUUGUUAGUGUAGUUUCCUUGUCUUUGUUUUUCUUUGUGCAGAUUUUGUAUACAUUACCUAUUUUCUACGUUUUCAAAAGGAGACAGCGCAAGUGUCAACAUGUCGUUUAAUGAAAUGUUUAUUUGCAUUCAUGAAUUUCUUACAGUAGAUCAAGAAAUUCGGGAGGAAAUAAGAAAAGUGGUCCAGUGUCUAGAGCAGACUGCAAGAGAGAUUUUGACAGUUUUGCAGAGUGUUCACCAGGCUUCAGGAUUUAAAGAUAUUCCAAGUAAAUGCCAGAAAGCACGAGAGCAUUUUGGUACUGUGAGAACACACCUUGCAACACUGAAGACAAAAUUCCCAUCGGAUCAGUAUUACAGAUUUCAUGAACACUGGAGGUUUGUCUUGCAGCGCUUAGUCUUUCUGUCUGCAUUUGUUGUUUACCUUGAAACUGAGACACUAGUGACUCGUGAUGCUGUUACUGAAAUACUGGGCAUUGAAGUUGAAAGGGAAAAGGGAUUUCAUUUGGAUAUAGAGGACUAUCUUACCGGAGUAUUGACCCUCGCUAGCGAAUUGGCUAGACUGGCAGUGAACAGUGUUACAUCAGGAGACUAUUCCCGUCCACUACGAAUCUCUGCUUUUAUCAAUGAGCUUGAUUCUGGGUUUCGUCUUCUCAACUUGAAGAAUGAUUCUCUAAGGAAGCGAUAUGAUGGUUUGAAAUAUGAUGUAAAGAAAAUUGAGGAAGUGGUGUAUGACCUGUCUAUCAGAGGACUUAAAGACAAAGAAGAUGGAGAUGGAGAAAAACUCUAGAAACUUUUCAUAUAUACGCGUGAUAACACAGCAGACAUUACAAUCGGCCUUUUAUUGAAGGCGAUACAGAAUGAUCUGCUGUAUUUAAUUGCCUUCAUGGCAGCACAGGUAUAGAUCUUGACAUUCGAAAUGGACGACUGUUUCUUAAUGGACAGUGUUGAUUUCAUUACCUAGUUUUGUGCAGCUAAAGUACUUCGCUGUUUAAGUAAAUUUUGUUUUUAAAUAUUUGGAUGUUUUUUGUCUGUUUAUGUUCAGGUGAUAUUUUUUGCUGUAAUUUGUUGCACACUUGGUACUCAUUUUCAGAAAAUAUCUUCCAAGAGAUUUACUGGUUUUAUAAAGCUGUUUAUGAGACGAGA